AGGCAGACGGAAAAGGGUAAACCCGUGUCUGCAGCAGCAAGUGCAGUCGAACUGAGAGGAUUUGUGCCGCCGACGCGCUGAUAAACACCGCACAGAUGCCUGGCCCUAGGCCAUAACGGAUAUCACCCGACAUUUAUUUUUUAAUAUCAUCGUAUGGUUUAGCUGUAGGACGUCGAAUAACAACCGUUUGGUUUCGCCGAGUCGCGCCAUCGCUGUUGGUCUUUCAUUUGGAGGGCUCGCCCUUUCUCCGGGAGUCUGAAUGGAAGCAGCAGCCGAGGGAGCAGUUGGGCUGUCAGAGGCGAGACCGUUAUCUGGGGCUACAGCAUCAGAGGAUGCGGACACUGUCAUUGGAAUUAGCUACGGAAGGGACAGUGACAUGGACUAUUCUGCUAGAAAAGCACACAUCACAGAGCUGCCUGGUGUCUCGGGUCUACCAGGCCAGGGGAAGAGGAUGGGCCACAGGGGAGUGGACGCGUCCGGAGAGACCACCUACAAGAAGACCACGUCCUCCGCCCUGAAAGGUGCCAUCCAGCUGGGCAUCGGCUACACGGUGGGCAACCUGAGCUCCAAGCCUGAGAGAGACGUCCUCAUGCAGGACUUCUAUGUGGUGGAGAGCAUCUUCUUCCCCAGUGAAGGCAGCAAUCUGACUCCAGCCCACCACUUCCCAGACUUCCGCUUCAAGACGUAUGCUCCUGUGGCCUUCCGCUACUUCAGGGAGCUCUUCGGGAUCAGGCCUGAUGACUACCUGUACUCCCUGUGUAACGAGCCCCUGAUUGAGUUGUCCAACCCCGGAGCCAGUGGCUCUGUGUUCUACCUGACCAAGGACGAUGAGUUCAUCAUCAAGACCGUCAUGCACAAGGAGGCAGAGUUUCUGCAGAAGCUGCUGCCUGGAUACUACAUGAACCUCAACCAGAACCCUCGCACCCUGCUUCCCAAGUUCUUCGGCCUGUACUGCAUCCAAUCUGGUGGUAAGAACAUCCGCAUGGUGGUCAUGAACAAUGUUCUACCGCGCGCCGUCCGCAUGCACCUCAAGUUUGACCUGAAGGGCUCCACGUAUAAACGCUGUGCCUCCAAGAAGGAGAGACAGAAAGCCAAGCCCACCUUCAAAGACCUGGACUUCAUGCAGGACCUACAGGAUGGCCUGAUGCUGGACCAGGAUAUGUACAGCGCUCUGGUCAAGACCCUGCAGAGAGACUGUUUGGUGCUGGAGAGCUUUAAGAUCAUGGACUACAGCUUGCUGCUGGGGGUCCAUAACAUCGACCAGGCAGAGAGGGAGCAGCAGAUGGAGGGAGGAGAGAAGGAUGAGAAGAGGCCCGUGGCCCAGAAGGCCCUCUACUCCACCGCCAUGGAGUCUAUCCAGGGAGGGGCUGCCUGCGGGGAGUCUAUCGAAACAGACGACACGAUGGGAGGCAUCCCAGCAGUCAAUGGGAAAGGAGAGCGUCUACUCCUCUACAUCGGAAUCAUAGACAUCCUGCAAUCCUACAGGCUAAUAAAGAAGCUGGAGCACACAUGGAAGGCUAUGGUUCAUGAUGGGGACACCGUAUCAGUCCACCGUCCUGGCUUCUAUGCAGACAGGUUCUUCAAAUUUAUGAGCAGCACUGUGUUUAAGAAGAGCUCAUCCUUGAAGUCUUCUCCCAUUAAGAAGGGCCGUGUGGGCCUGACGGUGACUAAGUACACUGGCCCCGGGGCCGCCUGGUCAGCCAGCCAGCUGCCCUCUGAGAGAGACGACAACAUCUACGACCUGAGAGGAGCACGCAGCUUCCCCACGCUGGAGGACGAGGGGCGACCAGACCUCCUCCCCUGCACCCCUCCGUCAUUUGAGGAGGCGACCACAGCCUCCAUCGCCACCACGCUCUCCUCCACCACCUCUCUGUCCAUCCCAGAGAGGUCUCCCUCAGACGCUGGAGCAGAGCACCCCCGCUACAGGUACCAGAACAACAGCUCUGAGAGAAGGAGGCACACCCAGUCUGUCAGCCAUGACGGGAGGACUCAGGAGGAGGUGCAUGAGGAGGAGCAGCAGACCAUCACGGUGGAGGUGGAGGUGAAGAGACACGACAGCGAGCCCACCAUCACGGCCCCACAGCCCUCUCCAGAGACCAGUGAGUUACCAGAAGUAGCCUCUGCUGCUGCCUCUCCCCCAGCCUCUGGGGCCGCUGCUGAAGCCUCUGCUGAGACCCCUGGCCCAGGGGCCACUGUCAGUCCCAAGGUUGUGGUUGUGGAGGCUGAGCGGGACCGCCGGGGCAGCACAGUGUCUGGGUCCGGAUGCACCAGCCAAGCCUCACAGGAUGACGAGGAUGACGUGCCAAUCACAGACAUCUACUUUCCCCCUGAAGACAAGACCUGGGUGUACUCCCCUCUGCACUACGGCAGUGAGUCUCAGACCUUGCCGGAUGGGGAAGGGGAGGAGAGCGAGACAGUAAGUAGUAUGAAUUACACCUCCAGUACCAGUGUGUAUUGGCUGGCCCAACCGUCAUGCCCACUCAGUAUGGCCGUGCCAGUUAUGACCAUUUGGUUCCCCCUCCUUUCACCAUGCAACACCCAGCAUGCUGUUCAGUUUCUUCACAACCCUGGGUCUGUCUGGCUGCAUGUGGUUUGGCAACUUGGUACAUGUCUCCUCUGCUAGGGUUGCAAAAUUCCAGUAGCUUUCCCAAAAGUCCCAGGUUUUCCCGAAAUCCUGAUUGGAAAAUUCCCGGAAUCAGAAGGGAAUAAGCAGGAAUAAGCGCCUCCCUACCAGGAUUUCUGGAGAACCAGGGAUUUUUGGAAAUGUAAGCAGAAUUUUGCAACCUACCACCUCCUGGCUCAUGCAUCACCAUUGCCAGAUCCCAAACCCACACAGCUACAGUUGUCAAUGUCAUUUGUUUUUUCUGAAAAACUGACCAACAUAUAAUCGCUUUGACACAUACAGUACAAAGCAGAUGGUCAGAUGAAUAUAGGCAAGUAUGGCAAUAAAUUGAUUUGAUUUGUACAAUUCCUCUAUGAAACCCAAUAACUGUGUUUUCUUUGUUCUUGAGUCCAUAUAAUAUGACAGUAUUGCUCUCAGAUGAUCCUCUUUCAUCCACUCUGCACAAAUGAUCAGAAACGACUGUUAUGAGACACCAUAAUUGAUCCCUUGGUACAAACUCCGUUAUAUUACUGAUGACUUCUAUUUCACUGGAUAUUUUCAGGGUGCCAAAUCCCAUGAAUGUUCUGUAAUUGAGAUUUUAGAUAAAUUAUAAAUUAAACUCUUAUUACUAAAGCUACUAUUACGGCUUUGGAAAGUUGAGCAGACAUAUCCCAUUGCGGGCUUGUAGUUUCCGGCAAGGGUUGGGUGGAGAUGGAUAAGCAAUCACUCAUUUUCUUCUUAAAGAAACAUAUAUGAAUCCAUUGACAAAUGUCAUGAUUAAAGUCUAGGUCACAUUUUUAUUUGGAUAGUCCUAUAUAGAUGGUUAUACUAUCAACAAACUAUCUGUUGAUAAGCAACUGCAUGCUACGGUUAGGGCUAUUGUUAGCCUAGGUUAAAAUAAGGGUAAAGGUUACAUUUAGGGUUAGGAUAAUGGUUAAGGUUAAUAUUAUGGCUAGGGUUAGUGGAUAGUUAGUUGAAAUGCUGUUGACAGUAAUUGAACAGCUACUGAACAUCUACAAACCAUCUACUUGAAACUAUCCAAAUAAAGUGUUACUAAAGGCCAUUCUACUCACCUUGUUAGGAAGAUGAAAUGACCCUAUUACACCCUCUGAGCUUUUUUAUGUGCAGGGUAUUUUAACAAUCCUAAGCUGCAGUAGUUGUAGAAGCUCAGAGCUGUAGCAGGCUGGCUAACCCCUGGUCAAAGCCCACUGCACUCGUAUGUGGCAAGGAAGAAGUGGGUUGAACAAUCACUCCUCCCCCGUCCCAUUAUUCUCCAUAGAGAAGACACACAGAGAAUCGUCACUUCCACGUCCCCCAGGGACAGGAGCUGCCAGAGGAAUAAGUGGAAUCAGAGCCGUGGGACAUGGCAUUACAGUGCCUAGUGGAAGUAGAUUGUCUCCUGGGGUUUGUCUAUGCAUAGAUGAAUACAAAUGUAAAAGCAGUCAUGGAAAAAUGCAUUAUUUAGUUGUGUUGAGGGGAUGUUCAUUUGAGAGGAAAAUACUACAUUUUUCUACCCUCUUAUUUUCACUAUGUCCUCUGACUUUCCCUUUAAAUUAUUGAUAUAGCUUUGAUCAAUAGAUGUGCUUUGAUAAUAGUUAUACCUCAGUUAUAUCGUGCUGUGGGGGAAGAAUAGAUUAUUUUACACUCGACAGGAUUAUGUACCAAAGAUUUACAACUUCUAUUUCUCUCUUUUUUCUCCCCCUCUCCUUCCACCAACCUUAAACACUCCUCCAUAGAGCUGAGAGGAUGAUUCCGUGGAGAGAGGAGCCAUCAGACUGAUCCUCGGGCCUCUGAUUGGCAGGCAGAGGAAGCAUUCCAAUCCAGAACUGUAUUUUAAACCAUGGAUACAAAAACAAAACAGACUAAAUACUGUGAGGAAACCCCCUCGACAUCCCGUAGUCAGUGGUGAUGAUACUGUAUGAUCGAUUCCCCUCCUUUCAACCCACCCCAACUCCAAAUUGCCAUACCAGAAGAAAUGCAGGAACUCAAAUUGCUAGGCUACACAUCUAGCAUGCCCCAUAAAAACAUGGGCAUUGAGGCAACUCUGCUAAUCCUCUCACAUUCCCAAAUGUCGAUACAGUCAAAUGGUCACAUGUAUUUCAUUGAUAUCAUGUUAAUUUAUAUUGUGAUUUUUCUUAGUUUAUUAUUGUUUUUUAAAUCUUUUUUAUUUGUGCACUUUUUUCAGACAUUUUUUAGUACUGUGAAUAUAUUUAGUUAUGUUGUGUGCUUCAAAUGUAGCUCUAGCAGCAAUCUUAACGUCGCUAUCGAAGUGGUACUUUACCGUUAUGUUGAAUGGUAUUUUACCGCUAUGCUGAAUGGUAUUUUACCGCUAUGCUGAAUGGUAUUUUACCACUAUGUUGAAUAGUACUUUACCAUUGGAGAGGGAACACUUUAUUUCCAAUAGAUGAAAAAUGAUCUAUAGAAUGUUUCAGCAAACAUGACUUGGUAAAUCUCAUAAGCCUAAUGUAUUAUUUUACAGGUUUAUUUAUUCGUUGUUAUGUAUUUAUUUUGCCAUUUCUAUCACAGUAUUGCUACAGGCUUCUAGCCUCAAAACCAGAUCAUUGCAACACUAAAUAAGGUUGAGUAUUGUCAAUCAUUUCAAAAUCCUACAUCAUUACAGUCUUCCAGAACCGCCCAACUUUCAGAGAAAUGCAAACAAAUCAUUUAAGCAUAAUGAUUCAUUGAGCUAUGUUAAUGUCAUGAAAUACCAAUAUUUCAGCAGUCAAAACUUGACUCUGAAUGUUAGCUCUGCUGGAGGAGUUUAGGCUAAUGGAUUUGAUUACUUAGGCCAAAACACUCACAGUAUCACGUAUGUCCAGAAUUAAUUAAUACUUCUGUUAUUUAGUAAUAGUUAAUCUAAGAGGGAUUUCACGCUGCUCUUAGACAGCACUUUUAUGUAUCAACCAUCAUCAGAUGUGAAAGUGAGGUCUUCAUCACAAUCAUCUGGUAUAGGAUUAGUGUUAUAGUAUUUAUGUGAAUUCCAUGUUUUAAGGUUUAAGUUGUGUUUUUAUAUGUUUUAUUCCUUUUCUGUUUCACACUUGGCUGUUUAAGUUAGCUGGUGUGUUUGUAUGUCUGCGGGACGGAAGGCGUCAAUGUCAAAACUUGUAAAAUACUGAUCAUUCUAUCAUAAUGUGCAGUGGCCAGUUGUAAUCAGUUGCUGUUGUCCAUGUCAUCAAGAGACCAUAGCAGCAGUAUGUUGUACAGUACAGGUGUAGUCUUAGUUUUAAUUGCCUUAUAUUGAGAAAUUAAAACGUAUCAUAUUGAUGUUUUUUUCAUAGUAGUGCUGUUGUAUUUAUUAUUUUCAAGUCCUUUUUUUCAAUACUGUAGUUGUGAGCCAGAAAAUGUGUAUAUACAAUUAUAAAUACAUAUAUAAAGAUUAUAAAUAUAUUUUCCAUUUGAAUUGGAGAAUAUUAUUUUUAUUUGAUUACAUUUUUUGCUGCUGGCAGGAAAUGAUUAAGAGCUACACAUGAUUUACUGUACCAUGUUCUUCAAGGUGUUGACAUGAUGCAGCUCGAUUUAUGGUUUAUAAAUCACAGCUGUUUUCUUUUUUUUUUGUAUGAUAUCCGUUACUGAAGAGUUGUCAGUUUUACUGUACCAGUUUAGUGUACAUGUUUUCAAAUCACAGUGUGCCCUCCUUUACAGAGACUUAGCAUGGUUUAAAAAUGAAUAUGCAUAUCAGAAAUAUGUAUUUAUGUAUAUCUGUGUAUAUUCAUCUAUUUAUACACAAGGAUAAAUAGAUGGCUGAAUGUCUGUGUGUGUUUGGACUCUUACGAUGAGAAUGAAUAUAAAAUAAAGCAGUUCUAUGUCUAUGAUAUAGUGUAUUUGUCCAUGCUUCCAAAGUUGUCUGGUGACUUCCAUGUCUAUAUUGCUGAUGUUUGCAAGCAAGGGAAUUCCCUCCACGUGUCUCUCUUGUGCUACUGUUCAGCGCAUGCUGUGAAAAACACAAUUGUGCAGUGCUUGAUUUUUGUGUGGCCUUUUCCCCCCUAUUCUGUAAGAAGGGUUACAGAAGAUACAUUUUAAGAGAAGCAUAUUGACUAGCCUAGUAUAGAAUUCAGUAUUUUCAACUGGUGAGAAUAGCAACAUGAUGUUCAAGGCACGCUUCCCAAGAAUAUCUUUCUUUUGAAAUAUGCCAUCUUAUCUGAAGCAAUACUGGUGAAUGAGGAAGGUAUAAAGAAAAUGUUUUAUAACACUACUAUGAUUGGUCCUCAUCAAAACAGAAAUGUUUGAGUCUACCAGUCAGUUGUCAUCUGAGCUAAUUUAUUAUGGUGGGCGUGGCCCACAAGGAGAUCAUACUUACUGGACUGUUUACACUUUACAGCUUUUUGAAAAGUAGUACUGCUAUAACAAUACAAUACAACCGAGGGAAAAUGUUCAAAUGUGUUAUGCAAUCAAUAAUGUUUUUUUAUUAUAUCAAAUAUGAGGUCCAUAAUUUCCCUGUUCUAACAAAAUGUCAUGCAUGCUCUCAAACGCUGUUUGCACUGUUACCUGCCCAUAUAUUGUUACAGCUACGACCGGAAGUGACUUUCAUAGCGGGUUAGGAGAACUUACACAGCAGGUUAGGAGAAUUAACAUAGCAGGUUGGGAGAAUUAGGCUAACGUUAUUAAGGGGUUGGCUUUGGAAAAUGCUCUCCUAACCUGCUACGAAAAUCACUUCCGGGUGUAGCUGUAUCAAAGUGGCGUGAAAAGGGUGUCUCUCAUUGUGGCUACAUGAUCUUGGUUUUGAUUGUUUUUGUCUUUUUGUUAGUAUUUUGCUUGAAUGUUUUACAUAGAGAAAAUAUGCCCUGUGAAAGAGCCCGAGCUAUAUCAGAGUGAAGUGACAUUAAAAUGUAUUGUCAACCGAA